UCGUCGACCAACCCACGCGUGUCGCAGAUCUAUUAGCGCGAAUAUUUGCGAGCGACUCGUGCUAGUUAUGGAAUUAUUCUAGACUGCUGUUCGUUUAAAACAGGCAGUGUAAUGAUCGCGAUAACUUGGGAAAAUCCUUCAAGAUCAAUCGAGGAUCAUGCAUAUUAGAUGCGCGAAUAUUGAGGAGACCGCGAGUUAAAAGGAUAAUCCAGAAUAGCAUCGAAGAAAGAAUCGGAUCAAAGGAAGCUGCGAGUUCCUUACGCAAGAUGUUUACACUGUUAUUGCUGACGGUCUGGAUCGUCCUCGCAUCUGAGUUCGUCCAGGACGGGGUAGCAACAGGACAACGUUACACCCCGAGUCCGAUCCAAGAUCUGGAUAACACUUUGCAAUCGGUACCACCUCUCGGGCCGAACGUGUGCAGAUCGAGAUACAAAAACUAUUGCUGUCCAGGGUGGUCAAAAAAGGUGGAAACAGGCCUGUGUGUCAUUCCGAUUUGCGCAAGACGCUGCGGUCCUCUUGGAAGAUGUAUAAGACCGAAUAUCUGUUUAUGUGAGGGCGGCGUUGUCGCUUCCGCUUGUGGUAAUGGUCAAAGCAAAGUCAUUACCACCGAGACCGGAAAUGGUAGCGAUCGUAGCGAGGCAGGAAGAUGUAAGGUUCAUUGCAUAAACGGAAACUGUGUCGACGGCCGAUGCCAGUGUCGCAGCGGGUACCAGGGAGAAUUCUGCAAUGAACCAAUUUGUCGUGAGCCCUGCUUAAAUCAGGGAAGAUGCAUCGGUCCAGAUCGUUGCGCUUGCAUCUACGGUUACACUGGAAGACGUUGCGAAACCGAUUACAGGACCGGACCCUGUUUUACCAAAGUAAAAAAUGGUCAAUGCUUGGCAAGCCUUCAAGGAGUGGUUUGCACACGACAGUUGUGCUGCGCCACGGUAGGCAAGGGAUGGGGUCACCCCUGUGAGAGGUGUCCAGCCAGAUUGGAUUGUGAAUUGGGUUACUUGAAAACCAAUCAGGGUCAAUGCGUCGAUAUUAACGAGUGCGAAGCAAUUCCCGGACUUUGCGAGGGUGGUAAAUGCUUAAAUACUCCUGGCUCGUUUACCUGUGAGUGCCCCGCAGGACAAGCGAGAGAUCCCGAGACCAAUGAGUGCAAAGAUAGGGAUGAAUGCCAAGAGGAAGGCAUCUGUGCGGAUGGCCGAUGCAUAAAUACAAACGGCGGUUAUUACUGCCACUGCAAUCCGGGAUUCAUACAGAGUCAAGAUCGCAAAUUUUGCAUCGAUGGCAGACAGGGAUUGUGUUACACAGCGGUAAACCGUAACGGACAGUGCAGGAAUCGACUUGCUAUGCGACUGAGUAAAAAGGAUUGCUGUUGUGGCAAGAAUAUGGGUCGAGGAUGGGGUGAUGAAUGCUUUAUCUGUCCUAAUCCUGGCAGUGACGAUUACAACAGGCUUUGCUCGCAACUGCAGUCAAUCACCGAGGUGAACGAGUGUGCGUUGCGGCCAGACAUUUGCGGUGACGGAAAAUGCAUCGAUACCAAAGAAGGCUACGAGUGCGAAUGCUAUCCGGGUUUCACAAGGAAGCCUGGCGGUAGAUGCGAGGACGUGGAUGAGUGUCAGUUGGAUUACUGUCAGGGCGGAAUUUGUCGCAACUACCCCGGUAGCUUCGUCUGCGAUUGUCCGUCCGGUUUUGUCGUUUCUGGCGAGGGCAGAUAUUGCACCGAUCACGAUGAAUGCCAAGAUACAGGCAUGUGUACUAACGGACAUUGCAUCAACAUGAACGGAUCCUUUAAAUGUAAAUGCAACGAUGGUUAUACGCUAUCGCCGACAAAAAAUACCUGCAUAGACAUCAACGAAUGUAUUGAGAAUCCAAGAAUUUGUCUGAACGGCCAUUGCGAAAAUACGCCAGGAUCCUAUCACUGCAUAUGUCAAUCAGGCUUUACUCCUUCAAGAGACAAUACGUUUUGCGUGGAUAUGGACGAAUGCUCCACUAGUGGGAUGUGUGAGAACGGCAAGUGCGUCAACAUGGAGGGCUCCUUCAAGUGCGUGUGCGACUCCGGUUUCAGGAUCGGUCCUGAUUUAAGUCACUGCAUCGAUAUUGACGAAUGUGUAAAUUUACCGUGUCAAAAUGGACGUUGCAUCAACACUCCUGGUAGUUUCCGGUGUGAGUGUCAUCUAGGAUUUAAUCUGGGUCCUGAUGGAAGGUCCUGUUUAGAUACGAGAAGAGAUCUGUGCUAUUCACAGUACAGAGAUGGCCAAUGCUCCAAUCCUACGUCCACUGCCGUGACAAAGUCUAGUUGUUGCUGCUGCACAGUGAUCUUGGGUCAGCCGCUGGGCUGGGGUAGUACCUGCCAACCUUGCCCGCUUCCAGACACCACAGAGUUUGAAGCCUUAUGUCCGCACGGUGCUGGAAUGACUUAUAAUGGCGAUGACAUCAACGAAUGCGCUCAGAACCCAAAUAUUUGCGUCAAUGGCGGAUGUGAGAAUCUUAUGGGAACGUAUCGGUGUAUCUGUGACAAUGGAUAUGAAGUUGAUGCAACAGGCAAGAUAUGCAGCGAUAUCAAUGAAUGUGAACUGGAGGAUUCCUUAUGCAGUGGCGGACAGUGUCGAAAUACACCCGGUAGUUUCCAAUGCCUCUGUCCGACGGGUAUGAGAUACAACACGCAGAAUCAAAUGUGUGAGGACGUGGACGAAUGCGAUGAGUUAGGACCAGACGUAUGUUUCAAUGGUGUUUGCGUCAACACUCCGGGAGCUUACGAAUGCGAGUGUUCUCCAGGAUACAUUCUCGACAACACCGGCCACAUUUGCAUGGACAAUCGGAAGGGCUCCUGCUGGACCAAGAUGAUAGAUGGUCGCUGUGAGAAUAACUUGCCAAAGGUAACCCUACGCUCGGAGUGCUGCUGCUCAGUCGGAGUGGCUUGGGGUAGCCCCUGCGAGAUUUGUGAUCAUUCACUUUGCGAGUGCUCAAAGGGCUACGCAAAGGUCGACGGCAAGGGCUGUGCGGACAUUAACGAAUGCGAUCUCAAUAGCGGAAUUUGCAAAGGGGGUGGCACUUGCGUUAACACAGAUGGCUCAUAUCGUUGCGAGUGUCCCCCUGGCCUCACUUUAGACACGACGCACAGCACUUGCGUCGACACCAGACAAGAAAUAUGCUUCUUGGACCAUCGUCAUGGUCAAUGCACCAGUCCCAUAGAGGGUCACUUCUCCAAGAGUCUCUGCUGCUGUUCCGUAGGCCGCGCUUGGGGUAGCGACAAAUGCGAACUGUGCCCUAAGAUAGGCACACAGACUCAUACCGAAUUAUGCCCACGGGGAGACGGCUUCACUGAACGACAGGAUAUCAAUGAGUGCGUCGAGUUCCCGGGCAUGUGUUUGAACGGCAGAUGCAAGAACACAAUCGGCAGCUAUAGUUGCAAAUGUAAUCAGGGCUUCGCACUCGACGAGCAUGGUAUCAAAUGCAACGAUAUUGACGAAUGCGAGAUCAUGCGUGGAGUGUGUGGUAAUGGUACCUGUAGAAACACUCCUGGUAAUUUUCAGUGUGACUGUAAUCCUGGCUAUCGCAGCAGUGAUAUCAUGAAGAUUUGCAUGGACAUAGACGAAUGCGAAGAGACACCAGGAUUGUGUCGUGGUGGCACCUGCAUCAAUACCGAAGGAGGUUUCAAUUGUCAGUGUCCUCCAGGACACGAGUUGGGGCUUGACAAGCAAUCCUGCAAAGACAUUGACGAGUGCUCGAGAACUAGUGGUAUAUGCUCGAAUGGCGUUUGCGAGAACAUGAUGGGCACCUAUCAGUGCAUAUGUGACGAUGGUUAUCAACAGACGGGCCUUAGAUCUCAUUGCGAAGACAUCAACGAAUGCGCGAUUGAUAACGGCGGCUGUGAAGACAUUUGCCUGAAUACGCCGGGUAGCUUUUCCUGUUCUUGUCGUACCGGCUACGCUUUAAAUCUGGAUGGUCGAACCUGUGUGGACGUAGACGAGUGCAAAGAAAACCCUCGCAUUUGCAACGGAGGUAAAUGCCAGAACAUACCUGGCGGCUACAUAUGCAAUUGCACGAACGGUUUGCUGCCUGGGAGAGACGGUAUAUCUUGUAUAGAUGUCAACGAGUGCGUGACACAACCACGGAUAUGCGGAUACGGCGAAUGUUACAAUACAAUCGGCUCUUUCAACUGUCGCUGUGAAGAAGGAUAUUCGGUGAAGCCGGCGGAAGGACCAGCAUGCACCGACGAUGAUGAAUGCCGAUUGAACGCUUAUUCCUGCAGCGAAUUUGCUGAGUGUCAGAAUACCCAGGGUUCAUAUGUGUGCACUUGCCAUGAAGGCUUCACUGGAAAUGGAAUUGAGUGUUGGGACAUUAACGAAUGCUCCACUAAUAAUGGUGGCUGCGACUCUAACGCACAUUGUAUCAACACCGAGGGUUCCUUUAAGUGCGUGUGUGAUGCGGGUUUUCGAGGCGACGGCUACAAUUGCAAGGACAUCGAUGAGUGCACAGAGGACAGCACGCUCUGUGAAAAUGGUCAUUGCUUGAAUUAUCCUGGUGCUUAUCGCUGUGAAUGCGAGAUGGGCUUCAUGCAUCCAGAUGAGCGUAACGAGCAGGCUUGUGUAGACAUUAAUGAAUGUGAGAUGUUUAGCAAUCUCUGCGUUUUUGGUCGAUGUGAGAAUAUUUUCGGCAUGUUCCGCUGUGAAUGCAACGAAGGGUACAAGCUCGAUGGUUCCGGCGGCAACUGCACUGACGUAGACGAAUGUGAGAGCCCGCAGUCUUGUCAGUACGGCACCUGCAUCAACACUCAAGGCAAAUACAUCUGUAGAUGCCCACCGCAUCACGAAUUGGUGGAAGCCGGGAAUGCUUGUGUUGAUAGACGCGAAUCAUUUUGUUUCACCAGCUAUGAGCAUGGCACUGGACGGCCUCAGUGCAUCUUCGACGUAUCAUCAUCAGUAACGAAGGCAACGUGUUGCUGCAGCAUCGGCAUCGCCUGGGGCAAUAAUUGCGAAGAAUGUCCGCAGAUUGGUACGAAAGAGUAUGACCAACUGUGCCCCAGUGGACCAGGGUACAGACCAAAUCGAGUAACCGUUAUUCUCGAAGAUAUUAAUGAAUGUGAAGAACAUGAGAAUAUUUGCCAGAAUGGACAUUGCACCAACACAUUCGGUAGUUUCAUGUGCUCCUGCAAUGAAGGCUUUAUCCUGGACGAUUCGAAGACUAGUUGCAUUGACAUAAACGAGUGCGCGUUGCAUCCACGAAUAUGCGGUGUAGGAUAUUGCAUCAACGAUCAAGGGAAAUAUCAUUGCGAGUGUCCUGAAGGAUAUAUGGCAAUGCCCGGAGGAAAGGAGUGCGUCGACACGAGAAAAGAAGCCUGUUAUCUUACUUAUGAUUCUGGACAAUGCCUUAAUCCUAUGGUGCAGCCACAAACAAAGAUGCUGUGUUGCUGUUCCAUGGGAGCCGCAUGGGGCAGCCUCUGUGAAAAGUGCCCUGGUGAAAGAACCCGCGAACACGAGAUUCUAUGUGGACUGGUGCCAGGUCAGAUAAUGAAUCCAAUUACGAAUCACUCCGAAGAAAUCGAUGAGUGUGCCCUGAUGCCGACAAUGUGCACUCACGGCAAUUGCAUGAACACGCCUGGUAGUUUUGAAUGUCAAUGUAAUCGCGGCUACAUUUAUGACCAGGAUUCGCAUCAGUGUAUUGAUGAGAACGAAUGUCAACAGAUACCGAAUCCUUGCAGUGGGAACGCACAAUGUGUAAAUCAGCAGGGUUAUUUCGAAUGCGUGUGUCCGGCUGGCUACAAACUUGGACCCAGCCAACACGAUUGCGUCGACAUCGAUGAAUGUUACGAGCGAUCGGGCAUCUGCAGCAACGGCGCGUGCAGCAAUCUACAAGGCGGUUUUCAAUGCAUCUGUCAUUCCGGAUUCUCGUUAACUCGUGACAGAGACAAUUGUGUUGAUAUCGACGAAUGUCAGCGCAAUCCGAAUAUAUGCAACAAUGGCACCUGCAUCAACACCUUGGGUUCCUACAAGUGUCAGUGUUAUCAAGGAUUUAAACUCAGUCCGAACAAUGAUUGCGCUGACAUUAACGAAUGUCGAAUCAUGCCAUUUUUGUGCCGCAAUGGCCGAUGUCGGAACACCAUUGGUGGCUUUGUUUGCGAGUGUGCAGAUGGUUACGUGUUGGCGCAAGAUGGUCAGCACUGUCGCGAUAUCGACGAAUGUCAUGAAAUACCAGGAUUAUGUCCAUCUCCAGGGAAAUGUCAGAAUUUAAUGGGAUCUUACAUAUGUUCUUGUCCUCUAGGAUAUGAACUAGACCAUUCCAGAAAAAAAUGCGUUGACGUAGACGAGUGCGUGGAAACGAGAGGCAUUUGUGAGAAUGGACGAUGCAUCAAUACAGAAGGUGGAGUAAUUUGCGAAUGCCCAGUAGGAUAUCGAUUAAGUGAGAGACCAAAUUCGCUGAAAUGUAUCGAUGUAAGAGAAGAACAAUGCUACGAUAAUUAUAGACGGGGCCAGUGUACUUUCCCACGAGAGGGUGGGAUGACCAAGAAGCACUGUUGCUGCACAAUGGGCAAAGCUUGGGGCCGUUAUUGCGAGCAGUGUCCGCCUGAAAAUAGCGAGGAGUUCAAGAAGAUGUGCCCGGAAGGAUCGGGGCGGGAUGAUACUGGGAUCGAUCUGAAUGAAUGCCUGUUUAUGACAAAUGCUUGUCCCGGUGGCGAAUGCAUCAACACGGAUGGUUCAUUUCGAUGUGAAUGCCCGACCGGAUAUAUAUUGGACGAAACUGGAAGGCGAUGUGUGGACAACAACGAGUGCCUGACCGUGCAGAAUAUCUGCGGUAAUGGCACUUGUCGUAAUAUCGACGGCGGUUUUGAGUGCGCUUGUAAUGACGGAUACGCGCCCGGGGCUCAUCAGGUGUGCGAAGACGUGAACGAGUGCCUGGAGCUGGGUAAUCAGUGCGCCUUCCGAUGCCACAACGCACCGGGCUCCUUUCGAUGCAUCUGUCCAUAUGGAUACACUCUGGCACCCGAUGGCCGUCAUUGCAUAGACGUUGACGAAUGCGCAACGCCGGCGAACGACUGUAGAUUCCAAUGCAAAAAUCUGAUUGGCACCUUCAUGUGCAUCUGUCCACCUGGCUACCAAAAGAUAGGAAUGGCAGAUGAGUGUAAGGACAUCAAUGAAUGCGCUACUAAUUCUGGCCUCUGUCAGCACGGUCGUUGCGUUAAUUUGGAGGGGAGCUAUCAAUGUCUCUGCUACGACGGUUUCGAACAAAGCACUGACGGAAAGUCGUGUAUCGACCGAAGAGUCGGCUAUUGCUUCCUGCAAACAAUCGGCGGCAGAUGCACCGCCAGAACCUUAGAAUUGCGCACGGUUACAAAGGCGGAUUGUUGCUGUACCAUGGGAGCAGCGUGGGGGCCGCAUUGCGAGAUUUGUCCAUCCAGAGACUCCGACAAUUAUAAUGAACUCUGUCUGGACAGAGGAUUCUCCGUGGAUGGACAAGAUAUCGACGAAUGCAAAACCAUACCCGAUCUCUGUAGGAAUGGUCUUUGCGUAAACACACUCGGUUCUUACAGAUGCAUCUGCAAUAAAGGGUACAAAGCUGAUAAAUCUGGCAUUCAAUGUAUUGACAUUAACGAGUGCGAGUUAACGCCGAAACCAUGCAAGUACAAUUGUCAAAACACCGAGGGCAGCUUCAUCUGUUCAUGCCCGUCGGGUUUCAUCCUGAAUCCUGACGGUAUUAGCUGCAGGGAUUUGGAUGAAUGCGCAACCGGAAAUCAUUUAUGUCAGCAAAACUGUAUAAACACACCGGGAAGUUAUACUUGCGAUUGUCAGGAGGGCUACAUUCAACAAGGAGAUGCAUGUCAUGAUAUAAACGAAUGUGAUCAACCAGGCAUUUGUCCGAAACCCGGAAAAUGUAUUAAUACCUUGGGAAGUUUCCAAUGUAUUUGCCCAAGAGGUUUCAAACUAGAUCAUACCGGACGAUUUUGCACAGAUUAUAAUGAAUGUGCUGAUGAUACUAAUUGUGAACACGGUUGUCAGAAUCUUAUGGGAACUUACCGUUGUGGAUGUCCAGACGGCUUUGUCCAACACAUUUAUCACAGCCAAUGUAUAGAUGAGAAUGAAUGCAAUGGUUCACCAUGUGGAGACAGUACCUGUAUUAAUACCAUUGGCAGUUACAAAUGUGGCUGCCCAGAUGGAUAUCAGUUUGACAAUAAUAUGGCUAUUUGUGUGCAAGUAAGUGCUGGAUGUCUUGGAAGCCCAUGUGCUUUUGGCUGUACUCCCAAUGGAGUCCAUGGAUUUAUUUGUGGCUGUCCGACUGGUUAUCAGCGAAUAGGACAGGGUCACUGUUUGUCUACGAUUAAUCCAUCGCAUCAAGGACGCUACGACGAAGAUAUCGGUAACGUGCCGACUUUCCAAAUCAAUCCUGAUCCUUAUCACAUACCGCCGGCUGACGAUAAGACGAUUUCUACAGAAGGCUGUUUCUCAUGCAAGGUAAAUGGAAAAGAACGACAUAGAAGAGGUGCUAGGAAGAGAUCGGCGGACGGAAGAAUCAGAAUGAGAGGAGGCGAGAUAAAAAAGAAACGUCGCAACGCUAGGCCGAAGAGGCAUCAUCACGGAACGGAGCAUGUACUCAAGAUAAAUUUGCAUCAGACAAGACAUCGUAUGCGAAUUAUCAAGCUCCAAUCUGCUAUAGAGGACGAAGACGUGGAUUACACUAUUGUGCGGGGCAACAAGGAUGGAAACUUCGAGAUUGUCAAAGAACGUGAUAUUUCCGCUUUACACUUUCGGCACCGAUUGAAAAUUCCAGGCGAAUUUCACUUAGUUAUCCAUGGUCGUCCUGAAAAUACAAUAGCAACAAGAACAAAAUGGGAGAAACCAUUGACUUUCACAGUCCAUCUCAUAGUUACGGAAUAGGAUCGUCGGAAAAAGGAAAAUUCAAAAUAAUCGGACUAUGUGAGAAAAUCACUGCCCGUCACUGCGUGUGUGUGUGUGUGUGUUGUGUGUGUGUGUGUGUGUAUGUGUGUGUGUGUGUGUGUGUGUAAUGCUUUCUCUUAGUCAAUUUUGCGUAAUUAUUUCAAGCUACGGCAAAGUAUUAAAAGCACCAACGUACGUAAGAGAGGGACGCAAAUAUAGAAUAUA